AUGAAGAAAUAUUCAUUGUUUUCAAUCAAUUUUGUCGUUCUCUUCACAAUUUUUAUUCUACCAAUAAGUUCUUAUGAAUUAUCCAAUGAAUUUCUAAAUGUUCGAUUUAAUUUAUCAAACGGACAAAUAGUUUCUUGGAAUUAUAAGUUGCAAUCAACGAAUGUAACAAACGAAAAGAGUACUAUUGCCAUCAAUGGAACUACCAUCGAUUGUUCGAAACUAUUCAACUAUCAACAAGAUGUUCAGUCGAUUAAUUUCACGUAUUCAUGUUCCGAUCAAUUCGAUGAGCAAUUAAUCACAAUCUAUACACUUCGACCUCAAUGGGAGUUUCUUAACAAACAAAUUUAUUUCACCAAUAAAUAUAAUAGAACUAUAACAUCGCUUCAAACGACAUUUUCAAUCCUGAAUUGGAAUAUCACAUCUGUGUCUAUCAUUGAAAAUCAACAAGAUUUAAGUAAACAACACACGGCUUUCUUGCGAACCAAUUUGAAUUCUGCUUUGGGAAUAUUCACCACAUGGCAAAAUCCUUUCGGCUCUUAUGCAGUUACAUCCAACAAUCAAACCAUUACCAGUUCUUACAACAUAGGAAUGAAUGUCCCAUAUUUAAGUGAAGGUUUUCUGAUUGGUUUCUAUCAAUUAUCUCUGUAUUGGCAUACAAACGAGAUUAACUAUAAUGAAAGAAUUGCUUAUGAAAAAGCGACAAGUUUCUUCUAUCCAGUUCCACAACGUCAACAAUCGAUCAAGCAUGCAGUCGGUUGGGAUAGUAAUGAUUAUCAAAUCGAUAUUUCAACAUCUCAUGGUGUCGACGAAUACAAACGUUUGAUCGACCGAUGUGCUCAGCUCGGCAUUAAUAGUAUCACAUUUGCACCAUCGAAUGCCAAUGUGUCGAGUCGUGAUCGUAGCACUGAUGAUUGGAACUGGGAGAGCGUUUUGUUUUUAACAUUAGGACAACAAAUUCGUCUAGAACAAUGGAAACCAUAUCGUGAUCCAAUUCCUGCUACGAUCGAGCGACUGUUAGACUAUGCUGCAUUGAAGAAUGUUAAAUUAGUUCCGUACGUUUAUCCACCGUUAGGUUAUCGAGCUGCCGGAAGAGAUCAAGCAUGGUUAUUUCCAAGUCCACAUUGUCGAACUGUUUGUGCAUCGUUAGCAAGUAUUGAAUUUCAACAAUACUUUCUUCAAUUACUGAUCGAUUUCGCACAAGUAACAGAUAUUGGCGGCUAUGCUUGGGAUUAUAAUUUCUUCUACGAUUCUAAUCACACGGCAUACAGUCAAUGGCGCGGUUGGCAGUGGGUUCGCACCGAGUUACUUCUUGCCUUACCCCAUCUGAUUAUGGAUCAUCGGUAUUCAUCCCAAUUCGAUGGACCAUGGUCAUGGAUAACACUCAAUGGUUACACAUCACCUCUGUUAAGUGAUGAGAAUCCGGAAACAUAUCCAAUUCUAUACCCAUCAUUACAUUCUGAUAAAAUAUCUGCUGAUUUUAUGCGACAAGGCAAUGUUGAACUACGUAUUAAACACUUUGCGGCAAUGGAUGCUAUACCUGGUUUCAUCGGUCAUCAAUCAGAACGCUCUGCAGCAGAUGGGAGUUUACCAUGGGUUGAUAAUAACUUACGAGAUUUUGAUUACAUGGGCUUUCCAUAUUCAUUAUUGUCGAAUAUCGCCACAUCGGGUCUCAAUCUGAUUCAUACGUUGCUACCAGCAAGAGAUGUCGAAGAAUUCUAUUUAUUGCCAGCAGAUUUCAUUCAGUUUUGGUCGUCGUGGUUAAAAUGGACCGAUGAACACAUAGAGGAAAUAAGAAAUGCUAUUCCUUUCAAUGCUGAACAAGAUUGGUCAUUAAUGAAAUGCAAUGGUCAUGAUGGAUUUCUGUUCCUGUUCAAUCCAAGCUAUAAACAAGUCACUCGCACGAUUCAACUCGACGGAAAACUAAAUUUACGUUAUCCUGAUCAACAAGGCUACUGGCUAUUAAAAGAGAUCUAUCCUCAAGAAAGAUAUCUUCAAUUAGUUGAAUACAAUCAAACUAUAAGCUUGUUAUUAGAUGGACAAAGUGUCACGGUCUAUGAAUUAAUAUUUCCUUCAACAAUUGAUCAGGCAAUUCUUGUUGGAAUCACCGGUCAAGCUUACUUUGCUAAUGAAUAUACCUUAAUGAUCGACGGUGUUUAUGGUGAAGUGGGAACCGAGACUACAGAGUCAGUAUUUAUUAUUUUACCAAGUAUAAAAUCGAUUACAAAUGUUUAUUUGAACGGUAUUGAAAAACGUUUCGAACAAGAUCGUCAAUUUAUUCUCUUAACUGACUCAUUAAUCUUCCCUGGUUUAUAUUUACCACGUUCAGCUGAAGUUUUAAAUAACUCAAUUCUAGUCAGUGAUCUUUUACUCGAACAAUUAGCUCAACGCCAAGCUCAAUACCCGCUUCCAUGGCAAGAAAAAGAAUUGAACGACGCAUCAUGGCUAGGACCACAUCGUCUUCUUCUAUUCAUUUCUAUUCUCAAUCCCAAUGACCAAUGGAAUAUUACAGCUGAGAUCAAUCACACUCCCAUUCAAGUACACAAAGGCUACAAUACGCGUGAUCAUAUCGAUCGAGAUCGUUUUAUGGGUUACUACUUAGAUUUGACUGGUGUUGUGACACAAGCUAAUGUUGGCUAUGAAUUAACAUUAAAAAAUAUGCCAACACUUAAUCCUGGACAGUUGCAGGGCCUGUUUUUAGAAAAUAUCGAAAGAAUUCUUGUUCGACCUUGA